CUGCCGCGCGACCUUGCCGCCGGCCGUGCCGCUCUCCCUGCUACGGCUCCUUCCUUCCGCCAAGAGAGACCUGGUGCUCAGGGCCGAGAGCGCGACGCGCUCCGCAUGAGUUUGUGCUCGACGCGAGUCGUGCGUGCAUGCAUAUUUUCCUGCCGUUCCCGUCGACCAGCGCGACCCGGUCUUUGUCUUGUAAUCCGGCCGUUGGUGGUGAUUCCUGCUGUUUGGCAAGAGAGUUCCUGCUGAUAUGAGAGGUUGAGGUGGCAUGUGUGCUGUGAGUGUUUCCUGUGCGAUUAGUGGUCUGUGUAUGAAAUUGGUUUUUUGUUUCUUGGAUUAUUCGGCGUCGUGAUUCAGAAAUUUGGCCAUGAAGGGCUGGUUUGACGCCUUUCGGUAUGAUGGUGGACCAACGCUGUACAAUUUCAACAACAGAACGGCCGUUACUGGGGAUGUCACCCUCAUCACUUUUUUGGCAAUUUUCAUCACCUUAUAUGUUGCCUUUCUCAUCAUUUUUCCGGGCAUUAGGAAAGAGAAAUUCACCACCUUUUGUGCAGUAACUAUAAGUCUGUUCGUGGGAGGAACAAUAGUGAUAUCGAUAUAUGGAUCAGCAUGGCACGUAACCAACGCAUCCAUUGAAAGUACAUAUCGGGCAUUUUCGAAGGAAAAGGUCGCCGCAGAUAUUGGCGUCUACAUAGGACUCCAACAUGUUAACGUAACGCUACAAGCUAUACCUGUGAACAACGUGACUUCGGACAUCGACUUCAACGAACGCUUCAUGUGGAUCAAUUCACAACAAAUGGCGGACAGUUUUCGUGAAGCUCUGGUACGUGGCUUGCCCUAUCCCAUUCUCACGAUAGCCGAGUACUUCAUGUUGGGACAAGAAGGACUGGCGUGGGGCGGGCAGUACAGAGCUGCGGGAUACUUUGCCAUCAUCAUGCUUUGGACGUCGUUUACAGUGUGGUUGUUGAUGAAUCUGAUGUUGGUGGUAGUUCCACGUUAUGGAGCUCUUCUGAUGACCACUUGCGGCUUCUUGAUGUUAGCAACGGUGUGCGGAUAUUUAGGAAUGCUUCCGGAGAAUCCCCUUACCAUAAAUUUAGAGGGCACAGUGUUAGAAUUAAAAUUCGGCUGGUGUUACUGGCUUGUCCUCAUUGCAGGAAGCAUUUGCUUGUUGGCUGGCGUGAUAAUAACGACCAUAGAAAUUAUAAACCCGCACAGUUUUUCGACUAUUUUAGAAGUAGAUUAUGACACGCCUUAUGACAGGCACGUAAUUAUUGAAGACAGUCGAGGAAAACGCUUCCAGAAAAAGAGGACCAGCAACGGUAAACUCGAAGAGCAAGACAGCAUAGGAAAUAGAAUAUUAAGGAGGUUAUCGUCGAAAACGAAGGAGGAGAAAGCGGAACCAGGCUGUUCGACACAGCAUCCGGAAAAAUUCGAGAUAAGUGAACGGAACACUUCUUGGAAGUAUCCUUAUAACACGCAGGAGGAACGGCCCAGUCGAACAUUUCGAAGGGCGUCAAAUUCGCAAAAGUCAAUUACCUCUCUACCUCGGGACGUGCCACAGAUCCAUGAUAGUAAUAUGUUUAGGUAUCCUGAGAAAGCCACUCCAGUGUCUAUGUGGUAGAAGCAUCAACGAAUGGACUAAUAAUGAAAUUUUAGUGCAAUUUUUUUUUAAAUUCUGAGUGAUCUUGUUGUGAUAUAGGUAGAUAAACCCAUGUUAACUAAACUGUUGUAUUAAAGGCCAUAUUUAUAUUUCUUACUGUAGUUGACCUAUUUAGUGUAAUUUAAUUGGUUUUAUUUUAUUGUAAUUUAUAAUUUACUUAGCGAUAAAUAUAUUGUUGAAUUAUUGUAGUA